AUGGCUUCUACGCUGUCACCAUUCUUAGAUGCAGAGCAGGAGCAGACGUGGGAAGAUAACUUUCAUGACAAAUACAAGUUUUAUUUGAAAAAUUUCACAGAAAAUGGAACAAAUCAGACUUUUGAAGAUUUGCCAAAUCCUUCCUAUUAUUCUCUGUACUACCGUAUUAUUGGAACUGUCUUUCAAGGUUUUAUUUUUGUGAUAGGAGUUUUAGGAAACAUUAUGGUGGUACUUGUUGUUCUUCGAACCCGCAGCAUGCACUCUCCAACCAACUGUUACCUGGUUAGUCUUUCUAUUGCUGACCUGAUGGUUCUGAUAUCGUCAGUGCCCAAUGAAAUCUUAUCAUAUUUUUUACUUAGUGACGAAUGGAUUUGGGGAAGAGUAGGAUGUGCGCUCUUCAUCUUUCUCCAGUAUUUAGGAAUCAACGCCUCAUCCUUGUCUAUCACGGCCUUUACUGUUGAACGAUAUAUCGCUAUUUGUCACCCGAUGCGAGCCCAGAUGGUCUGUACUGUAAGCAGAGCCAAGAAGAUCAUUGUUGGAGUCUGGGUGUUUGCUUGUCUUUACUGCUUCCCUUGGUUCUUUCUCACCAAGAUAGAACCCAUCUUCUACAAAGGUUAUAGCAACAGAGAAACCUGCACUUUUGCGUUGUCAAGGAAACAUUAUCUGGGCUACUUCUUUUCUGAUCUGGUUCUCUUUUAUGUCUUUCCUCUUCUGCUGUCCUGUGUACUUUACAGUUUAAUCGCAAGGAUCCUCUUCUCUAACGAAAUCCCCAAGAAUCCCGGAAACAACACUAGUCGUAGUUCAGACUCCAAACGAACCAGUAGCAUGAACGCCAGAGUACAGGUUGUUAAAAUGCUAGCUGUAGUAGUUGCUGUCUUUGCGACUUUGUGGGUGCCAUAUAGAGUCCUGGUGGUGUACAACUCCUUCGCCAAACAGCGUUAUAUGGAACCGUGGUUCUUGAUGUUCUGUAAGACCAUGAUCUUCAUUAAUAGUGCUAUCAAUCCAAUCCUGUAUAAUGCUAUGUCUGUCAAGUUCCGGCGAGCUUUUGCACGAAUGCUGUCUUGUGGUCAGAGAGAUCAACGACUUCGGGGUCCAUACAUCAGUGCUUCUGGAUCUGUUCGUUACAACCCAAGUAUACUAACGACCACGGUGAGCAGAACCGCAUCCUGUAGAGUGGAGCAGCUGCAGCUUCUGUAAUAUGUAUACGUGUGGAGACGAUUAGUUUUAGAAGUUUGUUUGAGCGUAAAAUCGUUGACUAUUCGAAAUUCACUGGAAUACAUAAAACUUAACGGUUUAUAUCCAAUAAUUAUAAUUCAUUUAACAAGAGAAAAAAAUAAGUACUAAUAUUCUUUGUAAGGGCCUUGAAAACACACAAUAUUUCAUAUAAUGGCUCAUCUAAAAAAGAAAAAACUACAAACUUAUUUUACAAAACGUUAGUUUUGCUGACAUUAUAGGCCUAGAAGCACAAAUGAAAUGGUCAAAUGCCAGAAUUUAUCUUAAAUAUUGUUAAAUUCUUUGAUGACGCUACAGCAUUUCUGUAAGUUGCUUAUAUAGUAAUUGUUACAUUUAAUUAUAUUAUUCUCAUUACAAUUCGAUUUUAUAAGUUGAGGUAGGACAUUAUUAUGCAAUGUCCUGGAGAUACUUUGAGGAAUGGAUAUUAUUACAAAUAUACUAUUAUAAGUUGAGGUAGGACAUUAUUAUGCAAUGUCCUGGAGAUAAUUUGAGGAAUGGAUAUUAUUACAAAUAUACUAUUAUAAGUUGAGGUAGGACAUUAUUAUGCAAUGUCCUGGAGAUAAUUUGUGGAAUGGAUAUUAUUACAAAUAUACUAUUAUAAGUUGAGGUAGGACAUUAUUAUGCAAUGUCCUGGAGAUAAUUUGUGGUAUGAAUAUUAUUACAGAGACGAUUCAACGUCUUUGACCGUUUAUAUUCGACGUAACUUACCUAAUAUCCAAACAUCUCUAAUUAAAGAACAAUGAGUUGAGGAUUUAACAAAUAUGUACAACCAAGAACCCAAUAUAAGCAUCAAAGGGCAAAAGGUUAAACAAAUAGCAAAAUUGGAAAAUAACUAUGGCACUUUUCAGAUUGUAAGCUACUUACGAACGAUAAAUUAUCACAAAACAACAACAACAACAAAAAACA